GUAAAAGAUGACCUCCAAACUUUCAGAAGGACGUUUUCAGCAACUACUACUGCCUCUCUUUCUGAUUUUUUGUUUUGGAGGCACAUUCUUCAUGUACCACAAGCCAAGUGAGAGAUGGAUAUCAUGCCCAGAUGUUCCAGUCUCCACAGGUAAAGUCUCCACAGAUGAAGUCUCCACAGAUGAAGUCUGCACACAUGAAGUGUGCACACAUGAAGUCUGCACAGUAGAACGCCUCAGGGCAUUGAUGGAAAACUUUACCCAGAUUAUAAACACCAACAGCACUCUAAACUCCACUUUGGUUAAACAACAAUUACUGAUCACCAUAUCAUCUGUCAUGGAAGAAAAUAAGGAAAAUAAUGACCAUGACAACAUUAUCCUAUUAAUCUGGUCAUGGCCUUUUGGUUUUAAAUUUGAUGUGAAAGCCUGCGGUUCAGAGUAUGGUAUUAAAGGUUGUCACAUUACAGAUGACAGAAAUCAGUACAACAAAGCCCAUGGUGUUAUGUUUCAUCACAGAAAUACCGGUGAUGAUUUCACAAACCUGCUGAAAAGACCUCGGCCUCCACACCAGAAGUGGGUGUGGAUGAACAUGGAGUCUCCUGAUAAUACAGGUAGACGUGCUGAAUUAGAUGAUGUAUUCAAUCUGACUGCAAAUUAUCGGAAGGAUUCAGAUGUCUGGGUGCCUUAUGGGAGAAUCAUAGAAGCAUCUGAGAAGGACCAACCCUUUACAAUGCCACCAAAGGACAAAAUUGUCUGUUGGAUUGUCAGUAACUGGAACCCCAACUUUAGGAGAGUCAAAUAUUUUAGUGAACUGGGCAAAUACAUCAAAAUAGAGGCUUAUGGUAGACACUUCAACAGGUAUGUCAGCAUUGAAGAUUAUAACAAGAUUUUACCAAGCUGUAAAUUCUACUUAUCAUUUGAGAACUCCAUCUACAAAGAUUACAUCACAGAGAAGGUGUUUAACCCCAUGAAAGCCGGCACAGUUCCUGUGGUUCUUGGUCCACCCAGGGAGAACUAUGAGGAAUUCCUUCCAGCAGAUUCAUUCAUUCAUGUGGACGAUUUUGAGUCCCCUCAGAAACUGGCAAAACAUCUCAAAUUUCUUGACCAGAACCAGGAAGCUUAUGAACACUACUUUACCUGGAGACAACACUUUACUGUUAAAAGUGGACAUUUUGGUCUUGAACACGCUUGUCGAAGUUGUGAUUAUAUAAGAAACAAUAAGGGCUACAGAGUGUUUAAAAAUCUCAAUAAAUGGUUUUGGGGUUAGCAAGCAUAACAUCAGCAUGAACUUCUAAAUGGAGACUCUGGAAAUCCCAUCAGUGUCUUCCAGAUCUUCCAAACAUCUCAAGAGGAAUUGUUCCAGACCAAGACACUUGAUCUAAUUUUCUUUCCAGUCAACAUAACAUAAAUGACUUUCAUUAUUAUUUUCAUUUAGGCUUUACUGGUGC